UGUCAGGGCGGGCGGGACGGCGUCACCUCGCGGAGAGAUCCCGGAGAGUCCUCGGGAGCGUCAGCGGGCGUCGGUGACGCGGCCGCCCCGCGAGUGGGGCGGGAGAAGCACGGCCGUGUGGUGGUCCCCGCUGCAGGAGCUCGGGGAGCCCGGGUGACCGCGGAGACAUGAACACACAAGCAGAACAACAGCUGCUCCAUCAUGCCAGAAACGGCAAUGCUGAAGAAGUGAGGCAGCUGAUAGAAAGCAUGGAGAGGAAGGAAGUAAUGGCUGACAUUAAUUGCAAAGGAAGAAGUAAGUCUAAUUUGGGCUGGACACCUCUUCAUCUGGCAUGCUAUUUUGGACAUAGACAAGUGGUCCAGGAUCUGUUGAAGGCUGGAGCAGAAGUGAAUGUGUUAAAUGACAUGGGAGACACACCACUCCAUCGAGCUGCCUUUACGGGACGAAAGGAGUUGGUAAUGCUUCUUUUAGAAUAUAAUGCUGAUACAGCGGUGGUAAAUGGGAAUGGACAGACAGCAAAAGAAGCUACUCAUGAUAAAGAAAUCAGGAACAUGCUCGAAGCUGUAGAAAGGACUCAACAGAGAAAGCUUGAAGAAUUACUCUUAGCAGCAGCAAGAGAAGGCAAAAUAGCAGAUCUUACAGCUCUGCUCAACAGGCCCAAUCCUCCUGAUGUUAACUGUGUGGAUCAGUUAGGAAAUACACCCUUGCACUGUGCAGCUUACCGGGCCCAUAAGCAAUGUGCCUUAAAGCUUCUAAAAAGUGGAGCAGACCCUAAUCUGAAGAACAAAAAUGAUCAGAAACCUCUUGACCUUGCCCAGGGUGCCGAAAUGAAGCAUGCUCUCGUUGGUAAUAAGGUCACCUACAAAGCAUUGAAGCGAUAUGAAGGCCCACUCUGGAAGAGUUCAAGAUUUUUUGGCUGGAGAUUAUUCUGGGUAGUGUUAGAACAUGGAGUCCUUUCAUGGUAUAGGAAACAGCCUGAUGCAGUCCACAAUGUUUAUCGCCAGGGAUGCAAACACCUGACUCAAGCAGUGUGCACGGUGAAAUCCAGUGAUAGCUGCCUCUUCUUUAUUAAAUGCUUCGAUGAUACCAUUCAUGGCUUCAGGGUUCCUAAGAAUAGUCUUCAGCAGUCACGGGAGAACUGGCUGGAAGCAAUCGAAGAGCAUUCUGCUUACAGCACCCACUACUGUUCCCAGGACCAGGUGACUGAUGACGAAGAGGAAGAUGGACUUUCUGCUACAGAGUUGAAGGAAUCCUUACAGAAAGCACAAGCAUGUCAACAGAGACUUGAUACAGAAAUUUCCAACUUUCUCAGAAUGAUAAAGGAGUAUGACACGGCUAAAGAAAUGCUUCCAUCGUUUUUUCAGAAAGUUGAAGUUGUCUCGGAAGCUUCUCGAGAAACUUGUGUAGCUUUGAACGAUUGCCUUAAUCUGUUCACUAAACAAGAAGAGGUGAGGAAUUUAAAAUUGGAACAGGAGCAAGAGAAAAACAAAAUCUUGUCAGAAGCACUGGAGGCUCUUGCCACGGAGCAUCAUGAAUUAGAGCAGUCUCUGGUCGAAGGGUCCCCGCCUCCCGACAUCCUCAGUGAGGACGAGUUCUAUGAUGCGCUGUCAGAUUCCGAGUCGGAGAAGUCCCUGAGUCAACUGGAAGCAGUGACAGCACAGUCCCUUGAAGAGGAAGAAGAGCACGGGAGCAGUAGGAAACACAGAAUGUCCGAAGGGAAGGAUUGUGGUGGGGGAGACGCUCUCUCCAAUGGCAUCAAAAAGCACCGAACAAGCUUGCCUUCUCCUAUGUUUUCCAGAAACGACUUCAGUAUCUGGAGCAUCCUCAGAAAAUGUAUUGGAAUGGAACUCUCCAAGAUCACAAUGCCAGUUAUAUUUAAUGAGCCUCUGAGCUUCCUGCAACGACUCACUGAAUAUAUGGAGCACACUUACCUCAUCCACAAGGCCAGUUCGUUUUCUGACCCCGUGGAAAGGAUGCAGUGCGUGGCCGCCUUCGCUGUGUCCGCCGUGGCCUCGCAGUGGGAGCGGACCGGGAAGCCCUUCAACCCGCUGCUGGGGGAGACCUACGAGCUAGUGCGAGAUGACCUUGGAUUCAGGCUCAUCUCUGAGCAGGUCAGCCACCACCCCCCCAUCAGUGCAUUCCACGCUGAAGGAUUGAACAACGAUUUCAUCUUUCAUGGCUCAAUCUACCCCAAACUGAAGUUCUGGGGGAAGAGUGUAGAAGCAGAACCAAAAGGAACCAUCACGUUGGAGCUCCUUGAACACAAUGAAGCAUAUACGUGGACAAAUCCUACCUGCUGUGUGCACAAUAUCAUCGUGGGUAAACUCUGGAUUGAGCAAUAUGGCAAUGUGGAAAUCACAAACCACAAGACUGGGGACAAAUGCGUGUUGAAUUUUAAGCCAUGUGGCCUUUUUGGUAAGGAAUUACACAAAGUCGAAGGCUACAUUCAAGACAAAAGCAAAAAGAAGCUCUGCGCACUGUACGGGAAGUGGACCGAGUGUCUGUACAGUGUUGACCCUGCCACUUUUGAGGCUUACAAAAAGAACGACAAGAAAAACACUGAAGAGAAGAAGAACAGCAAACAGGUGAGCACGUCGGAGGAGUCUGAUGAAAUGCCCAUGCCGGACUCGGAGAGCGUGUUCGUCAUCCCAGGCAGCGUCCUCCUGUGGCGAAUAGCCCCACGGCCGCCCAACUCUGCCCAGAUGUAUAAUUUCACCAGCUUUGCCAUGGUCCUGAAUGAAGUGGACAAGGAAAUGGAGAGUGUGAUCCCCAAGACUGACUGCAGGUUGCGGCCCGAUAUCCGGGCCAUGGAGAAUGGAGAAAUCGAUCAAGCUAGUGAAGAAAAAAAGCGGCUUGAAGAAAAACAGAGAGCAGCCCGCAAAAAUAGGUCCAAGUCAGAAGAGGACUGGAAGACAAGGUGGUUCCAUCAAGGUCCCAAUCCCUACAAUGGAGCACAGGACUGGAUUUACUCUGGCAGCUACUGGGACAGAAACUACUUUAAUUUGCCUGACAUUUAUUAAAAUGCAGACGAGUCAGGAUGUUUGGCUAAUGUAUAAAUAAGUCUUAAACGUAUGUUUUUAAAUUUGUUCCUUGGUUUCUACUCAUCUUUCAAAAGGAAAAAAAUCUGCUCAAGAUAACCUGCAUUUCACCCAACAAGGUGGGGCACACAGUGAUACUGGAUAAUGAAAGUCUUAAAUAUUAUUUUAUAGAGAGGAAAGAAAAACUGCUGAAGAUGCUUUUCCAGGUUGUUAAAUGUAACUUUAGCUUUAUGGAAAUAUAUAGUAAUCUCAAAUCAAGUUAUUUUGACUAUUUUUAUGCUGUCAUGCUUUCAACAUUUUAGAAGUAAUUUUGACAUUUAGAAUUCUCUUAUAUAAUGUUUAUGUGCUCAACCGUAGGGGCUGCAAUUUAGUAAAUAACUAAAUUGGUAAGAUGGCUUUUAAUCAUAUUAAUCAUCUCAAUUUUAUCCCUCCCCCACUCCUAAAAGGAAAAAGAUGCCUAUUCUGAAUAGGGUUUCCCAAUUUAAAAAUUCUAAUUAAACUGGAAAAGGUAUUUACUUAUGUUAGUGCUCUUUACUUUUACAGUUUUCUGUAAGCGUCAUUAACUGUACAUGUUUGAACUGCAAAUAUGUAUAAAAUCUAGCAAUUCACAAAUGCCCUAGAAAUAGGUGUUUAUUACCUAACGAUGAACCUUUUUAAAUGCUUCAACUUCCAGUGGCAUUGCCACCUGAGUGUGUAAGCUGCACUCGUGUAUGUAUUGUAAGUAUCAAACUAUGUAAAGGGAGGUCUUGUGCAUUUCAAGUUUGUAAGGUACCUGUGUACUUAAAAUAUGUAUGGAGACCUACUGUACAGUAGCUUUGCCCCUUUAAUUGGGGUACAUUAAUCUUAUAUUUAUCCCCCCAAACCCCAUACUGAGAGAUUGCUAUAAGGGGCUUUAGGUAGCUGCCAGUAAAUUAUUUUAAUUGCUGUCUUGAAGUUAACAAGUGUUACAAUGAAAUAAUCUACCUGACACUAAUAAAGGCUUUAGAAUGUUUCAAA